AUGUUGAAAACAGGGCAAUGGCACUCUGAGGAGGAAGAAGAGGAAGAAGAAGAAGCAGCAGCAAUGGACAGAGAGCAAGACGAGAUGCAGUUUCUCGGGUUCGCCGGGAUAUACAAGGAGUCCUUCAAGAUCAUCUCCUCAUGGAAGAAGCUCUUCGCCCAAAUCUCACUUUUCCUGAUCCUUCCCCUCUCUUUCAUCUUCCUAGCCCACUCAUGGGUCUCUCAGACCCUCUCCUACCGCAUCCUCCGUGAUUCGUUCACCCGCAUCGACACCUACAAGGAUUCUGAAGAAUACUCCAAACUCUCCCGCUCGAUCAACUCCACUUGGCUCUUCCUUGGCCUCUUCAAAGCCGUCUACUUCACCUUCGUCCUCGUCCUCUCCCUCCUCUCGACCUCCGCGGUGGUCUACACCAUCGCCUGCAUCUACACUGGCAAACAUGUCACCUUUAGGAAUGUCUUAUCCGUGGUGCCGAGGGUUUGGAAGAGACUCGUGAUCACGUUCUUAUGGAUCUUCGCAGUUUUCUUCGUCUACAAUGUUUUCUUCGGUGGGCUCCUUCUAGUAUGUAUCAUCUUCAUCGGAGUCUACUCAUACGGGAUUGCUGUUGUCAUCGGUCUCUUCAUAUUGUACGUCGUUGGAUUCGUCUACAUGGCGAUGAUAUGGCAGUUGGCAAGCGUGGUCUCCGUACUAGAGGACGUCUAUGGAAGAAAAUCAGUGGUGAAGAGCAAGGCCCUGAUAAAGGGCAAGAUGGGAAUCUCUGUUGGCUGCUUCGCCGGCCUCGUCGUGCUCUUCAUGGUGGUGCAGGCGGUGUUCGAGUUCCUCGUGGUUAUCGACCUAGUGCCAGGGCUUGUGAACAGGAUCUUGAUCGGGCUCGUCUGCGUGGUGCUCCUCCUCGGGGUCGUGCUACUCGGGCUUGUUGUGCAGACUGUGCUCUACUUCGUGUGCAAGUCGUUCCACCAUGAGAACAUCGACAAGGCAUCCCUGGCGGACCACCUGGAGGUCUACCGUGGAGAUUACGUUCCUCUAAGGGCUCAGAGUGUCCAGCUAGAGCAGAUUCACGUUUGA